AUGAAACUAACCUCAAAAUUGUGUGUGCUGGUGCUGGUACUACCGCGGUUGUCGCUGCCGGGCUGUUACCGCCAAAUAUAAACAGAGUGGGAAGAAGGUGGGAAGCUUGUUGGCGGGUUGGCCUUGUUCUCGAAUUUCCAUGUAUCCAGUGUUUUACCAGACGCCGAGGUAAGAGGUUUGUACUGUUGUCUACCAAAACCUGUAACAAAUUUUGUCAAAAAUGUCUAAGGGAAAAGUGUCGGUAGAAUGGAAAAAACGCGUAAAAUCCGAAUAUAUGCGUCUCAGACAAAUGAAACGUUACAAACGAGCCGACGAAGUAAAAUUCGCCUGGAAUCAAAAUCGCAAAGCUCUGACAGAAUUACUCGUUGCUGAAAGUAAACGUUGGUCAGAUGGCAAAGCAAUGUGGUUCGCAAUGCAAGAAAUUCCUGCACACGUUUCUUGCAUGAAAAAAGCCGAAACCACCAGCUCUGAUGGAGAAGUUCAAGCGUGUCCUGUAAAAAUAGUCAACGCUGUUACGCCCAUACCAACAAUGUACACAUGGGCAACGAUUCAACAAAACUUUAUGGUUGAAGACGAAACUGUUUUGCACAAUAUUCCUUACAUGGGGGAUGAGAUUCUCGAUCAAGAUGGCACUUUUAUUGAAGAGCUGAUUAAAAAUUAUGACGGAAAGGUUCACGGUGACAGAGAAUCAGGUUUCAUGGAUGAUUCUAUUUUCGCAGACUUAGUAAACGCACUAUUGACUUACGAAAAAGAUGAGAAAGAAAAAGAGGCUCCGAAAAAGGGAAAAGAUUUGUCUAAAGAUAAGGAAAAUAAGGAUAGCGAUAAAGACAAGAAAUGCGAAUCAAAAGAAGAGUCCAGUAGCCCUUUUCCGUCGAUGCAGAUAUUUAGUGCGAUUUCGAGUAUGUUUCCAAGUAAAGGCAGACCGAGCGAGUUGAAGGCGAAGUACAUCGAAUUGACUGAGAGACCAGAUCCAAAUGCAUUGCCACCUGAAUGCACCCCAAAUAUAGAUGGUGUGAAUGCAAAAAGUGUUCCUAGAGAGCAAGCUAUGCAUUCGUUUCAUACCCUUUUCUGUCGCCGGUGCUUCAAAUAUGAUUGCUUUUUGCAUCGUCUGCAAGUUUGUCAUCCAGGACCCAAUCUUCAGAGGCACAAAGGACCUGAUUUGAAGCAGUUCUCCGAGCCGUGUGGAUUUGAAUGUUACAUGCACUUAAAAGGCGUUAAGGAAAUGCUCGCAGCACAAGCCGCAGAUUCGAAAGAAGAUGAAGUAGAAGAUAAAAGAGUUGGACCCAGAAAGGUGAGAAAACAAGUUAGUGUGGAUUCUGGAAACGAAGCUAGCAGCGAAGACAGUAACGACAGCAACAAAUUUAGUGUAGCGGGCAGUUGUCAAGAUUUCAAGCAAAACGUCAACAAGGAUUCAAAACCUGAUGAAUCGUUGGAAGAGCAACGGCAAAUGGAGAAUCAAACGCCAUUUUCGCUCUUAGGAUUAAACAGCCAGCGAGUGAAAGCAGAUAACAAAACAUCGUGGACUGGUUCCGAGCAGAGUUUCUUCAGAGUUUUGCACAAAGCUUUUCCUAGAAAUCCUUGUGCUCUCGCUCAAACAAUGCUAACGAAAAGCUGCAGGGAAGUUUAUGAAUUUUCCCAAAAGGAAACUUCUGAUAUUCCUGCAUUAGAGACACUGAAAGAUUUUACACCUCCAAGAAAGAAGAAGAAGAAACAUCGACUUUGGUCUAUGCAUUGCAGAAAAAUUCAGCUAAAAAAAGAUUCUGGUGCUAAUCACGUCCAUAAUUUUUCUCCCUGCGAUCAUCCAAAUCGGCCUUGCGAUAAUUCUUGCCCUUGCAUCCAGGCUCAGAAUUUUUGCGAGAAAUUUUGUCAGUGCAGCAGUGAGUGCCAGAAUCGAUUUCCUGGAUGCAGGUGCAAAGCUCAAUGCAAUACCAAACAAUGUCCGUGUUAUUUGGCUGUACGAGAAUGCGAUCCUGAUUUGUGUCAGACUUGUGGAGCUGAUCAGUUCCACAUUACUAAAAUAUCCUGUAAAAAUGUCAGCGUUCAGAGAGGAUGGCAUAAACAUCUUUUGAUGGCUCCAUCGGAUGUAGCUGGUUGGGGAAUUUUCCUGAAAGAGUCGGCAGCAAAGAACGAAUUUAUCUCCGAGUAUUGCGGUGAAAUAAUAAGCCAGGACGAGGCUGAUAGACGUGGAAAAGUCUACGACAAAUAUAUGUGCAGCUUUCUUUUUAAUCUCAACAACGGUGACUUUUCAAUGCACGAAAAAAACUUUGUUUCAGACUUUGUCGUUGAUGCUACUAGGAAAGGAAACAAGAUAAGAUUCGCUAACCACUCCAUAAAUCCCAAUUGUUAUGCAAAAGUCAUGAUGGUUAAUGGUGAUCACAGAAUUGGAAUUUUUGCAAAACGGGCAAUUCAACCUGGUGACGAAUUAUUCUUUGACUAUAGAUAUGGACCGACCGAGCAAUUGAAAUUUGUCGGUAUCGAACGGGAAAUGGAAUUUCUUUAACUUCAAAUAAACGAGCAUCUUUUCUUCUAGAAAAUAAGAAUGAAAAUGAAUAUCCAGUACUUUGGUAUAGUAGAGUAUUUUUUAAUUUUAGGAGAUGUUUUAAAUGCAUUGAAAAACGGGAAUAUGUAAUAUUCGAAAAAUAGCUUUCAUAAUGAAUUUACAGUCAUGAAUUGUUUACCAAUUUUGUGUUUAACAAAUUUGUACAGGAUUUUUAAUACAGAACUAGAUUAUUUUUAAGUGGCUUUAGAUGUUCUUUCUUUCUCUGUUGGAAGGUGCAAGGUUCUGACGGACCGAAUUUUUUCGACCUCGUACGGGAUUCUUUUGCAUGUUGAUAUGUGUAUGAAAAAUUGAAAGUUAUUAACUUUUACCGAAGAUGUUUACACAUAAAUCUGCUUUGGGGGUAGCAGUUUAGGACGCGCGUAAUGUCUUUUGAAAAAUUUGUAUGAACAAGGCUUCAUGCGUUUCGAUUUUCAAAGGUAACCAUGUGGAGCGAUUUCAUUGGUGGAUCAGUAAAGUAAUUCCCUUUAUGCACCAAUGAAAUAUUAGCUUUUUGGUUCCAUCGGAAAUUUU